GUUGACAAGAUAAAUAAAGUGUUGGCAAAGUGUGAAGGACUUACCUUGAAGGAUCUGCUUUUCUCCUAGCGGGGGACCCUAUGUCCUGUCACAGUGUGCAGUGCGGAAAUGUUCCAAGCUCUGGAGGACCUGGAAGCCAGAAGAGAUGAUAUGGUGCUGGUGUCCUACCCCAGAUGUGGUGUGAACUAGCUCAUCAAGAUUUUAAGUGUUUUGAUAUUUACAGCUCUCCAGAGUAAACUUGUGAGCACAGAACUACCAUUUAUUGAAUGUGGAGAUACAGGUAAAUACCAGGUUAAGAUGAAGCAGAUUCCAUCUCCAAGGAUUUUGGCAACACAUCUGAAUUAUGACUGCCUUCCCAAGUCUGUUUUCAAGAACAAAGCCAAGAUACUAGUGUUGUUUUGAAACCCUAAAGAUACAGCUGUUUCAUUUUUCCAUUUCCACAACAAUGUGCCAGGCAUCCCCAGUUACAGCUCUUGGGAUGAGUUCUUCUCAGAGUUCAUGAAUGGGAAAGUCAGCUGGGGAUCCUGUUUUGAUCAUGCAGUCACCUGGAACAAACACAUUGAGGAUGAGAAUACUAUGAUUGUAAUAUAUGAAGACCUGGAAGAGAACCUGACUGCCAGUGUAAAGCAGAUAGCUGAGUUCUUUGGAGUUUCUCCAAUGGCAGAACAGAUGCAGUCAGACAGGGCCACUUUCCAGGCAGUGAAGGAUAAAGCUCAGGAGAUUCAUGGUGCUGUUGGCUCAUUUCUUUUCCGCAAAGGUGGUGGAGACUGGAAAAAUCUUUUCACUGAAGCUCAGAACCGGGAAAUGGAUGCCAAAUUCAAAGUGUGCUUAGAAGGAACUAAGCUGGGAGCAAAGUUAAAAUACAAUGUAUACUGCAAGGUCUGA